GAGUACAUAUUAGUAUAGAUAUACCUACUACAUAUUGCUAGCUAUAUAUGUGUUAAAAUUGUCAUAAUGAAAAAAUAAAUGUAAAAGUUAUUAUUUUUUUCAAGGAAAGCACAUUUAUGUAAUUAAAUUUCUGUGAAAUUCUUAUUAUUCUUGGUUAAUCCAAGUCUUAUUUGCAAUAAACCAACGAGAUGAGACUUAAAUAAAGACACAAGCGUGUUUCUGCUGGCAACGCCGUGCAAUGUUGGAAAGUUAAAGCAUGGCGAAGACUAUAAUAUGAUAAAGCGAUGAUGACCGCUUGCUAUUUGAUGGGUUCUUGAUAUCAGAAUUUUUACCUACCAAGUAUAUUUAAGCUAAGUUUUUUUACCUAACUAACUAGAGUAACCGAUACGGUGACCUUAUUUCAAAUUUGUCUAGCACACUAUGUAUCUCAUGUACCAGUAUACAUAGCCGUAUGCCAACUCUUAUUUACUUAGCUGUUUUUGACGGUCUCGACAACAAAGAUAUGUAUGUAUAUUUGUAGCUUUUGUAAGGUACUUCGUUGUGUCUGCUUGUGUGUUUCUAUAAAGUACCAAAAUUUUGUGAAAUAUAAUGUUAGAAAGAACAGUUAAAAAGCCGAAAGAAGAAUAUAAUAUUUCUGGUGUUACCUCAGAGAGAAAAACGGACUUUAGAUUGUGUCGUCUUAAAUUUGGGUCAUCAAAAUACUGGUAUGAAUAAAUUUGAACCCACAGAUCUGUAAACAUCCCACUUUCUCAAGCUAAGAUCAUAAUAACAUACGUUUUAGAUCUAGAAGUAAAAAAAUCCCGUUCGUACCGAAGCCUCGAACCAUCGCAUGAUCUUCUAAUACGCUGAAAACCAGAACAGAAAUAUAUAUAAUAGAAAACUGCGACGAAAAUUAUUGUUAGUUUCGCAAAGUAAUAUCAAACCGCGGAGUUGUAUCGAAAAUGAAAAACUUUAUGCUACUCCUCUUGUUGACUUGUGUCUUCUUGGCAACCACAAAUGGUGAUGUACAAAAUUCUGAGCAGGAGAAUCGUUUGAAACUUGUAAGUCAACGUAUUAGAUCGCUGCGUGACAGUCUUGGUAUUAAAUUACCAGUAGACUCGAAGAAGCCGAAACCCGUUGCACCGGUGGGUGAUGAAGACGAUGAAGAUCCGUGGGAUUUCGGCGCAUUCUUCGGGGAGUUCAGUAAAAAAGUGGGCGCGGUCGUUAAAAAUGCCGUCGGAGAUUUAAUGGAAUGUGUUGAUAAUGUUUUCAAGUGCUUAAGACCGGGCGAUGACAAGAAAGAUAAGAAAAAGAAAAAUACAGCAGAAGCUGGCGCAGCUGCUGCAAACUCAAAGCCCAAACCGGCAGAGGCGGUCAAACCAGUUGAACCAGUAGCUGAUGGCGAUAAGGGUAGCGUUGUGGCAUCAAAACCAGCUUUGGAAAAGCUAACGGAAGCAUUAGCAAAGCCAGCUGAGCUGGUAGGCGGUGCUGUCAAUGCUGUAAAAGAAGAUAUUGCUCCUGAGAAACCAGCGCCAAUAAUUGUUGAUGAGAAAGUAGAUACCCCAAAAGUGGAUAAAGUGAAACCCAUCGAUGCAAUAGUGGACAAUGCAGUAAAGCCGAAACCAUAAAUUAGUAAAUAAAUUAAAAAACAAGUAUAUAAAAUAUAAAUACUAUA